CCAGACAAGAGAGAUUCCUACAUCAACUGAACAAAGGUUUUUACACGUUAUGGAAAACGUUUUGAAGACUUUCAUAUUUUCGGAACUCCUCUGAUGUUUGGAACACGUGCUCUACAAAAUAACAAUGGCGGAUACUGAACACAAGAAGAAAAAGAGGAAGAGUGGUGCUAUAGAUGUUGCGGAAGUUCAACAGACAGAAAAUUUCCUUCUGAAGCCCUCCAGUGUUGUGGAACAGCUGGACACAUCACAAUGGCCACUACUGCUUAAGAAUUUUGACAAAUUGAAUGUACGGACUGCUCACUACACCCCAAUUCCAGCAGGCUGUUCUCCACUGAAGAGACCAAUACAGGAAUACAUUAAAAGUGGAUUCAUUAAUCUUGACAAACCAGCUAAUCCAUCAUCGCAUGAAGUUGUAUCAUGGGUGAAGAGAAUUCUUCGAGUACAGAAGACAGGGCACAGUGGUACACUAGACCCCAAGGUCACGGGCUGUCUCAUUGUCUGUGUAGAACGAGCCACUCGACUGGUUAAGUCGCAGCAGGGAGCUGGCAAAGAGUAUGUCUGUAUCUUCAAGCUUCACAGUGUCGUCAAUGAUGAAAAGCUUGUGGCACAGAAAAUAGAGAUGAUGACAGGGGCACUCUUCCAGAGGCCUCCAUUGAUUUCAGCUGUUAAGCGACAGCUGAGAAUUCGAACUAUUUAUGAAGUCAAGAUGACGGAGUACAACAAAGAGGACGCAAUGGGUAUUUUCUGGGUGAGCUGCGAGGCUGGCACAUACAUUAGGACCAUGUGUGUACAUCUUGGUCUCUUUUUGGGGGUCGGGGGACAAAUGCAGGAGCUCAGACGAGUUAGAUCUGGUAUCAUGUCUGAAAAGGCAAAUUUAUUCACCAUGCAUGACGUUUUGGAUGCACAAUGGAUCUAUGACAACCAUAAGGAUGAGUCGUACUUAAGACGAGUGAUCAACCCAUUGGAGGCUUUACUAACAUCACACAAAAGGAUCAUUAUGAAAGACACGGCAGUUAAUGCAGUAUGCUAUGGAGCUAAAAUUAUGUUGCCUGGUGUUCUUAGAUACGAGGAUGGAAUUGAAGUAGAUGAACAAAUUGUCAUAGUAACGACAAAAGGAGAGGCUGUUGCUUUAGCCAUUGCCCAGAUGACAACAGCAGUCAUGGCAACCUGUGAUCAUGGUAUGGUGGCCAAGAUUAAAAGGGUUGUUAUGGAGAGGGACACAUAUCCAAGGAAAUGGGGACUUGGACCUAUGGCACUGCAGAAGAAAAAAAUGAUUCUAGCAGGAACACUGGAUAAAUAUGGCAAACCUAAUGAGAAGACACCGGCCAACUGGAAGAAGGGUUACGAAGACUUCAACAUAAAGAAAGAACCUGUAGAUGGUACUCCACAACCAGUGAACUCAAACAAGAGAAAGAAGGAAUCCAGCAGUUCUGAUGAGAGUGAGCCACCCUCACCCAAGCCAACUGUGGUGGAAAAUGACCAGACAGAGAAGAAGAAAAAGAAAAAAAAGAAGAAGGAUAAAGACCAGGAGGCUGAUGAAGCUGAGGGUGCUCCAGAGGAGUCACCCGAAAAGAAGAAGAAAAAGAAAAAGAAGCACAAGAAAAUAAAAACGGAAGAGUCUGACUGAUUCAUGUUGUAUGUGUGUGAAAGUGUGAGAAUGAGAGAUCAUCAGUGUGUGAGACAUUCUGUGAGAAUUUCAUGUGGCAUUUCUCAGAUUGAUCAUGAAAUAGACAACUCUAAGACUAAGUCGAAAAUUGAACAGUGAUCUAGUGGUUAGGUCAUAGUUCAUGGAUACUUGAUGUGUUCAUAUUUUGUGUAUUUUUUAUGUAAUAAGGAUGAAUUGUACUGUUAAUGAAUUGUACUGUUAAUGAAAUUUUAUCAUUCAUCAUG